CCUUUUUCCUCCCGUGUUUUUCGGUUUGGUAAGAGCAUCUCUCCCACAGACCCUCAUGAUCGCCCCAACAUGCGGGGAGGUUUUUUCCACGUCGAGCUCCACACCUUGAGCCGGGAGGCUGCUGGCUUUUAAGAUGAGAAAAAAUGUUGACAUACCUGAGCCUGGUUCUGGAUUCCUGACCAUGAACCCGAUCGGAUCCGGUACAAGGAGUUUUCACUGAAAACAGCAGAAAGCCCUCCUCUGUACCGCACAUAAACAUCAUCAUGCACAUUCAUCACAUCACAUCCCCGCAUGUAGACUUUCUGUUGGGAAAUGAAACGCGGUUUGAGACUGCUGGUGGACUUCCGGGGGAUUUUUCUCAAGUUAAAUCAAAUUGGGACCCACGACCUGUCAUCUAGCAGGCGCGUGUGGAUCAUCUUGCUUUGUUAUGUGAAUGCAGCGAGCUCCGAGUUCAACAUCCGGGGCUUUGUCGGAGAAGAGGUCUUGCUGCCCUGCGUCUACAGAGGAGACGACCCUCUACCAGAGAAGGUCUCCGUCUACUGGAGGGACAAAGACGACAACUCCGUGCUGGACAUCAUCACCCCGAAUGUGACGUCCCAGAGCCAGAUCUUCAGAGAUCGAGCGAGCAGUUUCCCCCAUCUGUACCAGAAGGGGAACUUCUCCAUCGUCCUGAGGAGCCUCCGGCAGUCGGACAGCGGCCCGUACGACUGCCACAUCCCGAAGCUGGAGCUGAAGCAGAGGGUCCGGCUGACGGUUGCAGGUAAACGUGUGGAAGUGGCAGCGACUCCUACUCCAGGACCAGCAGUUGGUAAUGCUGCGGUAAUGCCAGCCCCCCCCCUCCUGAGUCUGCUCUCUGCUUCUGUCUUUUUACUCUGCAGGUUGAAGUAGACAGAUGUUUGAGCUGAAAGUCAGACCCCAUCAAAUGAAGUAUAAACUGAACCUAAACCCUGGCAGCUCUUAGAAUAGAGAAUUUCACUGCAUAAAACGACGGCGAAUAGUUGAAACACUCGAAUGGAAAAAAUCUACUUUAAUAUCAGGAAUAAAAACAAGUUUUAAGUCACAGCUCGCCUUUGAAAGGAGCCACCGUGAGUCAGAAAGCAAGCAGAGUACGACUGGAGAACGUUUUUCGCUUCACGACAAGUGGCAAACCACAGUUAAUGUGAAGCAACGGCCGAUAUCUGACGAUGUUACUAAGCAGCCGAGCCUGCAGGACGCUCCACAUUGCAGCCACCGCUCAGUUAAAGCUCAAAUGUCACUUCCUCCUGCCGCCGCUGCUGCCGACUCAUUGGAGGAAGGAAUAUUGCCGUAGCCUGUAUCGUACACCGGGGGUUUGUGGGACCGUGUGGAACUAGAUAGGACACCAGCAGCGAAACCUUAAUAAUAUCAAUUAAGAUGAAGUAAAACCAGUAGUCAGAAGGAAAUAAAAACUGUUCAACAUCCACAUUAGUCUGUCGGUCAGACUACACACAUUUCACGUCCUGCUGACGGAUUCAUGAGAACAAGAAGCUCAGGUCCAUCUCCGGGAGAAAAACCUAGAACCGCCUGCUGUUCUGUAAACGGGGUUUUUCCACGCUCUUGGCUCAAUCGUUGGAGGGAUUCUCUGUACGUGGACCCGCUGUAGAUCUGCAGAGCGAAGCCGAUGUCACGUCCGCAGGCCUGUCGAUAAAGUACCAUCCACACUUUGAAGUUAUUCGUCUUCAAUUCUAGUUUGCACAUCCACAGUUUUACUGUCGGGAGAAACUCUUCCGUUUCCCCGUAGCCUUAAAGUUUAUACUCUGGAAAACCGUCUGUUACUAAUGAAGCAGGGAUGCGAGAUGUCAGGAAUGAAGAAAAUGAGGAUGUGAGAUUUGGGACAAACUGAAAACAACGGGGAAAACAUGUCUCCUUGUUCAAAAUGGCUGCAAAGGCAGAGCCAGUUUUCAUUCUGAUUAAAAAAUCAAAAUUAUGAGGAUGCAUGUUCAGACCUCCACUCGGAGUCCAGUCUAGGAGGUCCACAUGGUCAGGACUGCUGCAGCCUGAUCCACCAGUCCAAGCGAGCAGAGUCUUGAAGGGUUGACUCAACUCUAGUGUUCUUUUGAGAGCCUGUACGUGAGCGUUGCUGUCCGCUGCGUUCAGGUCAAAGCUGCAUAUGAGCAGAGCUCUCGGUCUCAGACUUUGCUGAUUUCAGCUCUUCAUAUUGUGACGUUGUGUUUUACUGUGAAGCUGAUAAGUAAAACCUGUCACCAAUAACAAGAAGUUAGUUAGGAUAAUCCUCUUUUAUUUAUUUAUUUCUACUUAUUUAAGUGCUUUUCAUUUAUUAAACAUAUUAAGCAGGUUAAAUAAAAUAAAUAAAAUGAACAUAAAACAUGAAGUAACUUCGUUCUGUCGCCCAAAAAACAGAAUAACAUCGUACGAUAUCAAAGAAAACAUCAAAUAAUUGACCUUUGAAUCUGUGAAAUUGAUAUCUGGCCUCAGUUUGUCUGCUUCACUUUGACGAACCCUGAGAAGCGUUUUCAUUGGAUAACGCCUGUCGGCUGAAACAUAUCGCAGCUUUACGCCCGAGCAUCAGCUGUAGCAGCCGAAGCCCGUCCUCAGUGUGCAACAGCCACGUUUUAUGUUCGGGAUUGAACGCGUCAGCCCGAUUUCCCCUGCGUCUGUAUCCUGCUCUAAAAGUCCGGCCAUUUCAACGUUGUCUGAUCAACAUUAAAAAAUCCAAAAUGUCUGCGUUUACCAUGAGAGAGAACCGAGGAACCGGAGACUGACCUUGUCGUGACUGCUCGUAGUUUUCCCCGAAGAGGAUGAGGCGUCUGCUGGCGUGUUACACUUUGACUACUCUGCUUUUAUUUAAUGUUUGGUCGCAGCCUUUUAUAGGUGAUAUUCUUGUGUUUAAUCUGUGUUGAAGCUUUGACCACCAUGAUGUUACAGGUUGUUUUCUGUUUUUUUUUCACCUGUAGAAAUGUAAAGGUCCAGCUGGUCCAGCUUGUCCAGCUGGACCAGUGCUCGGCUCUCAGGUUCCUGUCUGAAGAAAGCGUUGAUUUGGAUGUGAAAUAAAAACCUAAGUUAAACGUAUUUAAUGUUUGAGUUUUGCGUUGGGGCUGCUGUUACUAGUAGUACUGCUACCACUGUUGCUGCUGUUACUAGAUACUUGUUACUUCGACUAAAGCUACCGCUGUAAAGCUGUUUUUAUUGUCAGUGCUACUGGUAUUAAAGUAUCUACUAUCACUA